AUGCGCGCGCUCACACCUCUGGCGCUAACGUUGUGCUUGCCCAACCACACGACGGAGGACACCGACGCGAUCCUCUACAAUGCGCUGUCGCUCGCAGUGCCGACGGUGCGCAACCACGUCGCCGACCUUUUUUACGCGGUGCCGGGUCUCGCGGACGCGUAUCUCGAGGCCACGCUCUACGCUGUUUCGCGCCUCGAGCGCUUAGCGUGCUCUUUUGCACUCGUCGAGUUUGCCGGCCACGGGGCCGCCGAUCCGAACGCGACGGCCAAGAAGGCCAAGAACCACAAGCAGCAGCUCGAGAUGCCUCGGCAGCAGAAGGAACUGCACGGCCGUUUGCGCAAGGCCAAGCAUCUCGUCGCGUGCAUGGCACGCCCCCCGAGGCGCUCCAACUGGCCCUGUCGCACUUGGUGGUGCCACUUCUGGCGCUGCUGGCAGAUGUUUGCGGACUUUGCCUUCCGCUGCCUCACGCCCUCGGCAAGUGUUUCAUACCCAUAA